GGUCAGUGGUGAUAAUGAUGACAACAUGCAGCGAGCCAUGCAGUGAUGACUCUUUAUCAGAUAUAGCUGUGGGUCUGGGUCUGGACUUUGUCAAACUGGGAGGUCUGAGUGGAGCAGAGAGGAUGACUAAAUACAACCGGCUGAUUUCUAUAGAGGAAGAACUGUCCCAACAGGGAAUCCUGGCCUCCAAGGAGAAGCACCCCCCCCCACUGUUCCGUGAGAGAGCAGUGCUGAACACUGACACUGCUCACAGCUCCGGUUGUGCAUGACUGAUUCAAAAUACUUGUCACUGAGGCCAUCUUAUGUUUCAUAAUUGAAUCAUAAUUGAACUCUUCAUGUGAGGAUUUCACCUGUAGAGCGUGCAGAGUUGGUUAUAAACUAAGUGCAUUAUUUGAGUGUUAACAGCCUGGUUUAUUUAGAAUCUGUGGUAACAAAAUCAAUAUGAAGCUAUUCAGAGAGAGGCUAAGUGGGUAAACAUAACCUUGAAUACAAACAUUUUGUUCAACCCCGAGACAUCUCGUCGCUACUUCAGCUUUACAGUAUACAAGCCAUAUUAUUGAAACCACCACCAUGAAACAGAACAGAUCUACUGUGAAGGUCAUUAUUUCAUCACACCUCUAUAUCAAGCACUUUUUAUAUUGUAGAGAAUUCAUUUUCAAAAAAGACACAUUUAAGUUUCAAAUUUGUGUUUGUGUCAAGUAAAAAGGUCUGAUGAAUUAUGGCCCACAGUAUAGAGAUGAGUGAUUGAAACAGAGUGUUGUUUAACUGGGACCCCCCCUUAGUCGGUAAGUGUCAGCAGGUUGGGACCAGGUCAACAACUCACUCCUCCUCUGUUUUAUUUAAAUAAUAGCAGAGGUCAAUUAUCCACAUCAAUCAUGUUCAGCAGAAAUAGUCAUGUUACGUAGAAAUGAGUUUACCUGCUCUCCUUUUCUGUAAGCAUCUCGAUGCUCAACACGUUUCCACAUGUUUUAAUCCAUAAUAACAUGAAACUCUCCACUGAAUGAAAAUAUUUGAAUCCCCCCAAAUGUAAAAGGCAGGCUCACCAAUCAUACACAUUCACGUGCCUUCUAUAUUGAUAAAAGAUCAUUGUAAAACAAAGGAAUUCAUACAAAAAGAACCUUUAUCUCAUUUCACAGUUUGAUGACUGAGCUUCAUGACUACAGAAAACUCAACUGACAAAUUGUUUCAAGAGACAAAAUAGUUUUGAUGAAUACUUUUGUGUUCAAUUGGCCAUGACAGCUCUGUACUUUAACACACACAAACACAUCAACGGCCAUGUCCAGUGAGUUCUCUCUGAUUUAUCUUCUAUUAAACGCACAGAAUGUAGCUGUUACUAAAUAGGCCUGCUUCAUUUAACUUUAUUUAUGAAUCGCUAUACAUUUUAUUUUUAUUUUGUGUCUUCAUGCUUUUACAGGGAACUCUAAUCAUAACUGUUGUGGAAUAUUUUCCAAGGCCCAUAACUGACCCAGUUUAUCAGUUCAAACUGUCCUGACUGAGCACACACACCUCGUAACCUUGGCUGCUGUGCUCUCAGUGU